AUGGAUCCAAAGUCCAAAAUGCCAAUGGAUCCAAUUUUCAACAGGCCGUUUGAAUAUGGUUGGAAAAGAGAGGUGGUAUAUAGGACCAAUGGAAAUGCAAUUGAUAUAUAUUACCGUACACCAGAUAAAAAGAAACUAAGAUCGAAACCGGAAGUACGUGAAUAUUUAAAGCAAAGAACGCGAUUGAAAAUAGAGAAUUUCACGUUUAAAAGAAAAGCCCUAGGUUUAGACAAUUCCAAGGAAAUAUGCAGAAACGCUUAUUCAACUGAAAGAGCUGAAAAUAAUCGUGGUGGAAACGGUAUAAAUAAUGAAAAUUAUUUUUAG